GCAGCUGCCCUAUUCCUGAGAGGAAUCAACAUCCUUAUAUCCAUGGAUUGAGAUCAGAUUACAUGUUCCUGUUAUAUAUGCGUACGGUUAAAUGGGCUGCCUUUGUCAGUUGUUCACGGAUGAUGAAAGAUAAUCUUAUUUAUAAGCCUGUCGCUUGCCGGAGUACGAACACUUCUUUUGUUUAUGUGUUGAGUACCACGCAAUCUUAUCAGGUUCAGAAUGUUGAGCCUUCAUGUGGAUACUUGGCCAUGACUCCUUUGGGAAGCUGGGGUCUGGGGCCAAAUGAUUAUUAUUCAACUUAUGAUUAUGAAGAUAUUGUAAAAUUUACGAGGGAUGGGUUUGCUCUUAGAUUUCCUUUCCCAGCUCCAGAAUGGACAUAUUCUUGGAUCCUCAAGACAUGCCUGGAAAAUUCAAGGAGCGACUUCCACAAACAGAUGUCUAGUUCAAGCAUCCAAAAUAAGAUUUCUGUGAUUUUUGCCAUCGACGUGCGUUUCUUGGGAUGUGUAAAAAACAACUCCUUGUCUAAAUACACCAAAUUAUAUUGGGCUGUGUUAGUCAUAGUAUCUGCUAUAAGUAUCAUGAAGCUCAUUAUCGUGUUGGCAGUACUAUCCAGGUUAGUCUUUGCACCGUUGUCUGUAUUGAUCUUCCUUGCCUACAAGUACUGGCAAACAAAGAUAUCAGUUGACGCAGUUGAGAGGUUCCUCCAGAUGCAACUAGCCCUUGGCCCAACAAGGUUCGCUUACACAGACAUCACUGCGAUCACUAGCCACUUCAGAGACAAGCUGGGCCAAGGAGGCUAUGGGUCCGUGUACAAAGGUGUGCUUCCCGGUGAUGUCCAUGUUGCCAUCAAAAUGUUGGUCAGUUCCAUGUCCAAUGGAGAAGAAUUCAUCAGUGAGGUGUCCAGCAUCGGAAGCAUUCACCAUGUCAACGUAGUGCGUCUGGUGGGUUUCUGCUCGGAGGAAAUGAGGAGGGCUCUUGUUUAUGAGUACAUGCCCCACGGAUCUCUUGAGAAGUACAUCUUCUCGCCAGAGAAGAGUUUCUCAUGGGACAAGCUCAAUCAGAUUGCUCUGGGCAUUGCCAGAGGGAUCGACUACCUGCACCGAGGGUGCGAUAUGCAGAUAUUACACUUCGACAUCAAGCCGCACAACAUCCUGUUAGACAGUGAUUUCACCCCGAAGAUUGCUGACUUUCGGCUGGCGAAACUGUAUCCCAGGGACAACAGCUUUUUGCCGGUGAGCGCUGCGCGGGGAACAGUUGGCUACAUAGCUCCCGAGAUGGUGUCCCGUAGCUUUGGCGCCAUAUCUUCCAAGUCUGAUGUCUAUAGCUUCGGGAUGUUGUUGCUGGAGAUGGCCGGGGGGCGGAGGAAUGUGGAUCCACGAGCGUCAAGAAGCCAGACAUACUACCCAGCUUGGGUGUACAAUCAGCUGUCCUGCCAAGAGGUGGGUGAGAUCUCAGAGGCCAUUGGUAUCCAUCAGGUAGAGAGGAAGCUGUGCAUCGUUCCGCUGUGGUGCAUCCAGAUGAAGCCAGACGAUCGACCAACGAUGAGCGAGGUGCUAGACAUGCUCGAAGCUGGCAUCAAUGGCCUGGAGGUGCCUCCCGAGCCCUUCUUCUGCGGGGACGAGUACGCUCCUGCUGCAGAUUCUUCAGUGUUAUCAGAGAUAAGUACAUUCUUGGAGUGA